GAUUUUCUAAAUACGAGUGAAGUCUUUCCUAUAUUACAGUGUUUUCAAAGUCGCUAUUGUAACAUAGCGCACAAAACUAGCGCAAAUAAAAUGUGUAGAUUUAAUAAAAUUAAUAUUUUAAUUCAAUUAAAAAUCUACGUGUAAUAAGGGGUAGUAACGGGGGUGAAUUUCAGAUUAUAUAACGAUUAUAAUGUCACAGAACGAUAUGAGCGAUGAUGAAACUGGCUUGCAAACGCCACAGGUAUUCCUCAGCACAACUUCCCAUGGCAGCCGUAAUCCAGUUAUGCGUAGCCCGAUCAGUCCCUCUUCUUCCGUAUCGAGUUCCGUGAUAUUCGGACAAAUUCCCGAUGAAGCACUCCGUGCCUGGAGCCAACUACCAGAGGCCAUUCGUUUAGACCCAAGUCUAGCGGUCUUUCAGAGAGAAUAUGAUCGGAUGGCGGAAACGAGAUCUCAUGAUUACGUGAAGAAAGACUGCCUGAUUGUAAAUAUGUCUCUCGGAACACAACCCUUACCGACGCUUAGCCCGCAAAAUCAAAGCAACAUCGAAAACGAAGAUGGGCAGGAUAUGCAAACGCAGGAGAAACAGAAACCGUUUCGCCGUUACUUCAAGUUAAUCGUGCUCUCCUGCUGUUGGCUACUAUUUACAAUAAUAUUGAUGUUUAAGAGCGAAAGGGUUGAAACGAUAUAUCAGCUUUCUGUAUCCAGCGAAGAAAAUGGCAAUUAUCAAAUUAGGGAGCAUGUUACAAGCAAGUUGAUCGCCGUGACGGUCGAGGGAUCAUUGUUGCCGUUAGCCAAAGACGAGCAGUAUUUAUCUACGAAUAUUUCAAAGCAAUACUUGACAGUAUGGUUGCAGCUUCUGAUGGAGAGCACCGAUUCACGAUCUUCCUCUACUGAUUCGGAGAACUUUAAGCAGAAUGUGAGCGACGUGUGGAUCCUGCCGAUGUUGCCCGAAAAUUUGGUGAAUGUCUUCUCCGAUCAGAGGCAUCAGAGGAUAUUCCAAGUAAACGUUGACAGCGAAAUCUUGUCACGCGGUACGAUGUUCAUCAAGCUAUCCACGAAUUCAGAAUCCAGUCGGUCAUUCUCAAUAGCUUACAAUCUAUCGCCGUUGAACGCUGACGUCGGCAUACCGUAUGCCGCUUUCAUCUUGAUCGGCCUGUACAUCCUGAUCAUUUUCGAGGUUGUACACAGAGCUCUAGCUGCUAUGCUGGCAUCCACGAUGUCCAUCGCGAUAUUGGCGGCUCUAAAUGAGCGACCAAGCAUGGACGAAUUGAUUUCUUGGAUAGACGUGGACACGUUGCUGCUGCUGUUCUCUAUGAUGGUGCUGGUUGCCAUCAUUGCCGAAACCGGGGUGUUCGAUUGGCUGGCGGUCUACGCCUACAAAAUAACCGCUGGGAGAUUGUGGCCACUAAUAAUGGCCCUCUGCUUCUUCACCGCGUUUUUGUCUUCGUUGUUGGAUAACGUGACGACCGUGCUGCUGAUGACUCCGGUGACCAUCAGACUGUGCGAAGUGAUGGAGCUGAACCCAGUGCCGAUUUUAACAGCCAUGGUGGUUUACUCCAACAUCGGAGGUGCUAUGACCCCAGUUGGCGAUCCGCCGAAUGUUAUUAUCGCUUCUAAUCGAGAUGUUAGAAACGCUGAAGUCGAUUUCGGAACGUUUUCGUUACACAUGAGUAUCGGUGUGAUAAUGGUAUUAAUUGUGGUCACUGCGCAAAUCCGCUACAUUUUUCGCGACAUCGCGGUGCUCAGAUUCGACGAGCCGCAGGACGUACAGGAAUUGCGACAUAUGAUCGCUAUUUGGCAACGAGCGGCAGCGAGUCUGUCCAAUUACAGUAAAGACGAGAAUUUAGUGAGGGAGACAUUGCUGAAGAAAGUCCAGCGUUUAUUGUCGCAGUUAAAGAAGAAAUUGAUCACAGGCAGUACAGCAUUAGAAAAAUAUAAGACUACGCUCGAAGAAUUACAGGAAAAGUAUCCUAUUAGGGAUAAGUGGUUACUGGCAAAAUCGGGAUGCGUGCUGGCCUUUGUGAUCACACUCUUCUUCCUGCAUAGUGUGCCUCGUUUAAAUCUCUCUCUGGGCUGGAUCGCCCUAGUCGGCGUUUUACUGCUUCUGAUAUUAGCCGACGGCGAGGAUUUCGACGGCCUCAUGGCGCGCGUCGAAUGGAGCACCUUGCUGUUCUUCGCGUCAUUGUUUAUUCUGAUGGAGGCCCUGUCGCGUUUGGGCCUCAUCGCGUGGAUCGGCAAGCAGACCGAGGACUUCAUCCUGUCGGUCAAUGAGGAGUCCCGAUUGGCAGUUGCCAUCCUAUUGCUGCUCUGGGUGUCGGCCUUGGCUAGCUGCUUCGUCGACAACGUACCGCUCGCUACCAUGAUGGUGAGAAUCGCGACGAAUCUCGCCCAAAAUCGCGAGCUCAACCUACCUAUGCAACCUCUGAUAUGGGCAUUGACGUUUGGCGCUUGUAUGGGAGGAAAUGGAACUUUGAUUGGAGCUACUGCCAACGUUGUUUGCAUGGGCGUCGCGGAGCAACACGGCUACAGAUUCAGUUUCAUGCGAUUCUUUAGGGUAGGAUUUCCUAUUAUGCUAACAAGUACCAUAACAAUUAUGGUAUAUCUGAUGAUUGCCCACGUCGUCUUCGGCUGGAAUGGAAAAGUAAUGACGACGAAUGAAGGUCCAGGAACUGUUUAAUAUAUAAAAAAACAAUGGCAUUUAUGCCUUGCAAGUGUACCUAUUAUGCAAUUUUCUAAAAUUAAAAUUUUAUAAAAUAUCAUAUAAAGGAGAAACAUAAAUCAAUAUUGACAAAAUUAUCUUACAUUUCUAAUGUUUCACAUAUUUGAGCAAUUUCAGGGAAAAAAAUCUUUGUAAUACAGCAAAAUCUUUCUAUUUUGAAAUCGUCUCCCAAAUCUCGUUCUUAUAUCAAUGACACAUGCGUAAAACAAAAAUUUUAUGCGUUUUGUCUUUCAUUUACCCUUUUUUUUAGAAUGUGUGAAUGUAGUCAUGUGGUCACGUAGCAAUCGAAAAAAGCAUCACAAAAUAAGAAUUUCAAUCUAUAAGAGGGAGAACAAUUUUAAAAUGGAAAAGUUCCGCUGUACGUAAAACCAAUUGUGUCAAUAUGUAUUACAAUUAAGUCUCACUUGCAGUAAAUGUUGUUUUCUCAAAAAUCCUUUCCGAUCACUUGCCUUUAAUAACAAAACAAAAUUACUAUUAAUAAUAUUAAAUAUCAAUAUAAAAGAUUACAAAUUUGGGCAGAUCUUAAUUGCAAAAAGGUUUAAUGAUCACAUAAAAUACAUAUAUAUGCUAGACAAUUCGUUGAAAUAUUUUUAUUAAAAAUGAGGCUCUCUGAGAGAAGAGAAAAAGAUCUCAAUUCCAAAGAUUGCCGCCUGGCAGAUCUCGACAAAAAAAUCGAAUAACUUAUCGCAAACUUAUAUUUAUAUCCUUCUAAUUAUAUAUGACCCACAAUUCAGCAUAAUACAAUCAUACUUGAAUUAAACUGAACGUGAAAACUUACUUCAAUAUUUCUUACAAAAAUAAUAUUCUAAUAAUUGACAGUAAAUUAUAUCGUGUGAUGCAUCGUUAACACGAAAUCUAUUAAAACUUAUUCAAAUAUAAGCGUGAGCGUUUAUGAAUUCACCGAACUUGUUUGUGUUCAGCAAACGAUAUCUAGAAUUGUGUGUGCAGAAAAAGAAUUUCUUACAAACGGUAAAAAAAAAAAGAUUUGCAUCUGCUGCAAAAAUAUUAUCGUAUUUACAAUGAAUAUAAAGUACUUAUAAUGUCAUGUUAAGAACGAUGUCUCUACUUUACUGUAAUCCUGUUAUCUGUAAGUACUACAGUUUCUUUCUGAUGCGUGAAGUCAUUUCUUCCACUCGCAUAGAAUCGUAAAAUUUUGUUCACGUGCAUCAGACAGAAGCAAGUGAAUUUUAAAGCUUCGGUAAUUCAUUAAAAUAAAGUCUAAAUAUAUUCAUCGUUUAUCAUUUUGAUUAAAAUCAUUCCAAAUUGUCAAAUUGUUUUCCGCUAAAAAAAAAAAAAUAUUACCGAGAUUUUCCUAGAGAAAUUGUCACGCGAAUGAGCAGUCCCACAGGUAUGACGAAAGAGACAAUCCGAGAAUUUGAGAAAAACUUAAUCUUAAACAUGACUGAUCAAUUUUUUACUACACAGUUACACUAUAGAUUACAUUUGUAUGAGUCUGAUUUUAUGCGAUUAUACAAUGCCUUGGUAAAAUCAUGCCUACGCUUUACCGUAAACAAAAAUCAGCAUCAUUUGCAUCUGCAUUAUCAAUAUCGAAUCGCGAACGAGCUUAACUUAAAGAACCAAAAAUGAAAUCCAGACACUUAGCGCAGUAAAAAGGCAUCCUUCGAACUCGCGUAACUACCUGAGAUAUCUUAUAUAGUUUUCAGUCGUUGAAACGCACAGAUUUCUAUAUAACACUGCUGGACUACUUAAUACUCGGAUAUACCGCCAGAAAACACACACGAGCAAAAGCUAGCUGACCAAGUGUACCCCAGUUCAAGAAUGAAUAAAAAAAUUCGAGUUCCGAUUGGGAGAAACCGGUACACACGUCUAUCAAUUGAAACGUUAUAUACAUCAAUUAUACGUAAAAUAUUUUUUAAAAAGGUCAAAAAAUAAUACAAAAGCGAGCCGACAAAAACUACAACGAACACUGGGAUGAGAUAUGUAGUAUCGCGUAUGUUUUUCCGAGCGGUGUAGCAGUCUUAUAUAUUUGAUAUUCUAACGGUACAAAAA